AUGGCCGCGCUUCGCGCCGCGUUUCUCGGCGUGCUUGUAGCGGCAGUCGGGUCGUUCGUGUACAACGACCCGCUCGCUCUUCGCCAGCCCGUUGACGUGUCGCCUGUUCCUCUCCCGCCGCGUGCCGUCCCAGCAGCUAGUGACCCUUCGAACCGCCUUGCUUCUGCCGAGAUUAAGUACUUGCACGAGGGGAUCGGCCCUGAGAGUCUCGCCGUCGACACGAGCGGUCGGGGCCCUUACUCCGGCCUGGCAGACGGCCGCGUUGUGCGGCGGAGCGCGGACGGCAGCCAAUGGGUGCCCUUCGCUCAGGCCUCCCCGAAUCGCACCCCUCAGUUGUGUGACAUUCUGCCAAAGUCACAUCCCGACCCGUCUAAGGAACCUCUUUGCGGCCGUCCCCUGGGCCUGCGGUUUCACCCUGUAACCGGAGAGCUUUAUAUCGCGGACGCGUACUAUGGGCUGAAUCGGGUCGGCUUGAAAGGGGGACUGGCGGAGCAGCUGGUUGGCGGGAAAUCGGUGGACGGGCAGAAGGUGUCGUUUGUGAACGACCUAGAUAUUGACGCGGAGGAUGCGAACGGAACAGUGUACUUCACUGUAACGAGCACAAAAUACGAAAUGAGGAACUUCCUCUCCAUGAUUCUGGACGGCGGGGCGAACGGCGGAGUGUACAAGUAUGACGUGGCGACGGGGGAGGUGACGCAGCUGGUGGCGGGAGUGGCCUUCGCCAACGGCAUAGCUCUCUCUGCCGAUCGCUCUUUUCUCGUGUAUUGCGAGACCAUCCGAGCCAGGUGCAACCGGUACUGGCUCACAGGCAGCAAGGCAGGCAGCCACGAGGUGAUGGUGGAUUUGCCAGGCGUGCCUGACAACCCCCGACUCAACCCCCGCGGCCGCUUCUGGAUUGCCAUGCCUGCCUACCGAACCUCCGCUUAUGAUUUCCUCGCUCGCACGCCCCGCCUGCGCUCCAUCCUCCUCCGCCUCCACCUCCACCCACUCCUCCUCUACGCCGGAAUUUUCGGGCUGCCCAACGGGGUUAUCGCGGAGGUGGACUCGUCCGGGCAGAUCACGGAAAUUUUGGAGGACCGGGCGGGGAAGCGGGUGCAGGCGCCAAGUGAGGUGAUGGAGAGGGAUGGGAAGCUGUGGAUUGCGUCUCUCAUAGUGCCCCACCUCGCCGUGCUUGACUAUUCACCAGGAGGCUCCACUUCUGCCACUGCUUAG